AUGAAGCGCAAGUUAGCUAAAACUGCUGCAUCAGAAGACAAAGAGAAGAAGCUUGAAUCAAACAGUGAGUUCAGUCCAUAUAGACCUUAUCGCUGCGUUCAUCAAGGCUGUUUGGCAGCCUUUACUAUUCAGCAUAAUUUGAUCCUCCACUACAGGGCUGUUCACCAGUCUGCCUUGUCAGCAUUGGAGGUGAACAAAGAACAGGAUCAGUCUGAGGGACUGAAUGAGUCAAAAGACCCUGAGGAGGAGGAGCCAGAGUUUGAGAUCCCCCAAGUUUCAGAAUUCAGAUGCCAAGAGAAGGACUGUUCAAGAGUUUUCCAGGAAGUUCCCAGCCUUUUGCAGCAUUAUCUUCAGCUCCACGAGUUCAGCCUUGAUAAGGCUGGUGCUCUCCUGUCCAGCAUCAACCUCGGCAGGUUUGUUUGUGGUCAGCAGGGAUGCACAGCAUCCUUUACUGCUUUCUGGAAGUAUAUUGGGCAUGUCAAACAAGAGCAUAAAGAGGUAAAACUGUCCAAACCCAAACCAGUGAAUGUCCUGUUCAGGUGUGACAUUGAAGGCUGUGACCGUGCGUAUGCCACAAAGUCAAAUCUACUCAGACAUACAAUGAAAAAGCAUACUGAUAUUUACCAGCCUAAACGGAUGACUCAAAAGAUGACUGAAGAGCGUGUUAAACAGAACACUAAGAAUUCCCAUUACCCUAUCACCAAGACAAGCAAUGGAAAAGAAAACAUUGAGAGCAAUAAAAAGAUCCUUCAGAGGACAAGUGACAAAAAGAGAGCUGACAAGGCAAAAAAUAAUCACUGGACUAAAUAUGGAAAACCGUCCUUGAAAUCAAAGGAAGAGGCAUCUGCGAUGUGCACUAAAAAGUUUGUCCUGCAGUACCCCUGUAUGAUAAAGGGAUGCGAGUCUGUCAUGAAAUCAGAGCGGAGCAUAAUGAAGCAUUACAUGGGACAUGGACUCGCAGAAAAGUAUCUGGAAGAGCAGAGGAGCCACUUCAUAUUCUGCAAAAAGUUACCAAGGCAGAAAUGCCGCUCUAUCAGGAGCGAUGAUUCUAAAUCAGAGAAUACCUCUGACCUGUCAGACACAGAGAUCGUAGAUACUGGCAUGGAAGGCAGUGAGUAUGAAAGUUCAAAGCCUGUCUUGCGGAAAAGGAUGGCCACAGAUAUGCCUGCUCCAUUUUUUAACAGCAAACUGUCAAAUGAUGAAAGUUCAGAACCUGCUUCUGACGGCUCAGUGGUGGUGAAGCGCAAACGAGGACGUCCGAGAAAACUGAUUGAAAACAUUGUGAAACGGAAGAGGAUCCCAAGGUCAAGCAAAAGUCAUGUAGUUUACAACAGGGAUGAUGAAUCAGAUUCCUCGUCUUGCCCUGCCCCGCUGCAGGAGGAGAUGAGUGAGCAGAGCGCACCAUUGAACUCUUUCAAGCCCAUGGGAUUUGAAAUGUCCUUCUUACAGUUUUUGGAGCAGUCAAAUACAACCAAACCUCCUUUGAAGAGCAAAGUGGAGCUGCCAGUAAUGAUGAGAAAUGCAUCCCGUUUGCACGCCAAAGAAACGUGUGUGGGAUUCAGCAACCGUCAAAAUCUGAAAUCGCUAGACAAAGUGAAAGUCAUUAUCGAUGGAGCCUAUUCAGAUGUCACUGAACUUCUGUUGAGACAACUGCAGGAUAUGCGGCCCACAGUGAUAUUGGAAAAAAAUGACUAAUUUUUUUCUUUCUUUUUUUUUUUUUUAACAUAGAAUCUCAGGAGUAGAAUGAGUGAAAUCUGCUGCAGAUGGUGCCCUACAUUCAGAUUUUUUUUUUUUUUUUUUUUUUUAAAUUAUCAGUUAUUCAAAACACAUUUUGAAAUUAACUGUAAUAUUGUCAGUAAAAUGUUUCAUCUUUUUAUAAGAAAGUGUAUAGCAUGUUUAUAUUUAUGGACUACAGAAUGAACUGAGAAUCAAAAUGCAAAGUAAAAUGUGACAUCAGUUUAUGAUGUCUUAAUUAUCCCUAUGGGACUACUUACAGACAAAAGGACACUGAAAUGGAUUGUAUUGUUGCCUAUAGUUUGUGAUUUUAAGAUGUUGACAGUUGUGUGUGCGUGUGUGUGUAUAUACUGUUUUGAAUCACCUACUGCCACCAGCAGUCUCAAUAUAAUUAAAUGAACAGCUUUUAUUACAAGUAUUA